GUGCAGCAAAUUUUUUCGUCCCUGCUCGUCUGUGUUCUACAAAAACUCAUUUUUUAGCAAUUAUUUGUGGGUUUUUCGUGAAAAUUUUGUGUUUCCAAUGUAAUCUAGUGUUUGGGCAUCCCCGGAAACAUGACCUCAUCGAUCAGAGUGAAAACCGAACCGGUAGCAGCUUGGGAAAGUUUCGACACCGUUUGUCGUCUGUGCAUGAGCGAAGAGUCUCUUGGCGACGUGUUCAGGGAAGAGGGCCUGGUCCAAUGGAUAUGGGACUAUCUCGCGAUUUUGGUAUCCAGGGAGGACCGCUUGAGUCGAGUCGUCUGCACCAUCUGCCGAAUACAGCUUACUGAAUUUCAUCGGUUCCGGAUUCGAUGCCAGGAUGUGCAAGGCACUUUGCUGUUCACGAUUCGGCAAGAGGACAAGCGUAGUAUGUAUUUAGGUUCCGACCCGGGAAACUUGGACAGCCGCCAUCGGGCGUGCCGAUUGUGUAUGAGUGAAGAAUCGCUCGGCAGCGUAUUUAAACAGGAAGGCCUUCAUGAGUUGAUGUUGGAUUAUCUCUCGAUUGUGUUGUACUGCGAGGACCGCCUCAGUCACAAUAUCUGUGCUAUCUGUCGAUGGCAGCUGACCGAGUUCCAUCAGUUUCGGAUUCGUUGUCAGGAGGUGCAAAGCGUUCUCCAAUCUCGGAUGCUGGCUGGGAACUCUGGAGUCCAACAAGUCGAGCCCUUGAGAAACUCGACAAUCAAGUCUGAAGCUACGUCUUGGUUGGAACCAGUUGAAGCAGGUAAUGCGUCAGGAAGCACGCGUGUCGAGACCUAUGUUGAAACGAGUUCCAGAGACUUUUCGAAACAAGAAAUCGAAGAUGGGUCAGUAAAUGUAUAUGACCAGCAAAAACCGAGCGACUUGGAUACAAAUAAUCAAAUAGUAAAUGAAACUAUAAACGUAAAAACUGAACCGUUUGAUGAAGUUAACAUUUGUAUCGAAGAAAACAAGGCGGCUGAGAUGCAACCCGCCAUGGUGUACAUACCAUCUGACAUAGUAACCAAGCAGGAAACAACGAGUCCUGCAGAAAAUCACCUUGAUUCUGAAACUGAGCCUCCCAAUGAUACGGAAGAUUCUAUUGUUGUCGAGGAAGUAAAAAUUGAACCUCGUCCAAAGAAACCUCCGUAUAGACCAAAGGAACUAAUAUCCCCGUGCUAUUUGUGCGAGAGAGUUUGUAAAACCAAAGACAAACUAAAACGCCACAUUAAGAUCGUUCACGGGCCAAGGCUGCACGAGUGUCAGAUUUGCAACUUUAAGGCUUCUUUGAACCGGGAUCUAAGAAAGCAUUUACAGACCAAGCUACAUUUCAAAAAAUUGCAUGAAUCUCUUGGGGAUGAGGCUUUCGCAGUGCCCGUUCAAAGCAAAAAAGUGAGCGACAGUGAGCAAUCUGCUAAUGAACCGGAAGUACAAGUAAAGGAAGAGAUAUCGGAAGUUCAAGUAAAGGAAGAGAUACCGGAAGUUCAAAUUAAGCAAGAGAUAGAACAAUCCAAUGAUAACGAGGAUGAAGAAACGUUGAUCGAGGAAAUGAAAUCGGAUAGCAUGGGCGGCUCGGAUGGUAACGAACCAUCGAAUCAGACGGAAUCAGAAGGACAGCAGUUGCAGUGUGAUGUUUGCCACAAAAUGUUCCCCAUGGAUAGGGAGAAAUUGCUGAACCACAAGUGGUAUGCCCAUGGAUUCAACAAGUUCGAGUGUCCCAUAUGCGGAAGGCCAUUUUUGCUGCAAUUUCGAAUGCAACUUCAUAUGCGUACACACGAAGGACCGAAAAGCCGAGGGAAGCAAAAGGACCAAGAAGACCCAACCAUUGCCAAACCAUUCAAAUGUGAAGUAUGCCAGGAGGAAUUCCGGCUCAAAAAGACAUACAACUAUCACAGGAGGCAAAAACACGGUCUAACAGACUAUGUGUGCAGUAUUUGCGAAAAGCCUUUUGCCUAUCCGUAUCAACUGAAGGAGCAUAUGGAACAGAAUGAUCACAGCCGUAUCGUCAAGCGGGGUCCCAAUAAGAUGCGGGUUCAAAUAAAAGGCGAUGGCAGUGGCAAAAGCUACACGUGCGGCAUCUGUCAUAAGAUAUUCAACGCCCUGGCUUCACUGUACACCCACCAGAAAAUGACGCACGCGGAAAAAACUCACAAAUGUUCUAUUUGCGAUAAAGCGUUUGCAUUUCGGUCUAUGCUAAAAGUGCACGUGGAGAAAAGACACGAAAAUCCCAAACCUCGCAAACCUCGAAAAACGAAAACUCCAGCAACAAAAAUUCCGGCUGCUGGCGAUGGGCCGCUGACCAGGGCGAAAAACUCUGAAACUAAACCGCCGCGGGCCAUUCCAAACUAUUGCGAAGACUCAGAUGAUUAACAGUCGUCAAUCAGCUUAAAUGUUCCGAGUGCUCGGGGAAAAGGUAAUCGAUAUGAAUGAUACUCAUUACUAGUUGCAAAUUUGCAUCGAUUUACUAUAUUGAAGUACUAGAUGAUUGAAUCGGUUUUCUUAAGUCGAAUCUUAUAAAUUAUUUCCAGAA